CACUUUCUUCUUCGUCGUCGCCGGUUUAGGGUUUUCAUUGGUUUAGCGUAUUUCUUCUGCAGCUUUUACUUUCCGAGAACACCUUACCUUGCCCCCUCUCAUCGAAGAAUUCAUAAAGAUACACGUUUUGUGGAAAGAAAAAAAAGAAAAAAAACUGGAGAAGAAUAGUGACGUUUGUUCUCUGAUUACUUCUACUUUUCUAAGAGUCAAGGCACCAAAGAUGAAGACAAGUCAGCCUGCUUUUUUCCAUGAUGUUGUUGUGUUGCCGUCUUCAGAACCGCUAGAGAUUUAGAUUUGUUCGCUCAGUUCCUGUUCAAGUAUUUAAGUUCAGCUUUGUUAGCAGAUAGAAAUGGAAUCCAACAUCGUCAAGGUAUCGGAUAGUAGUUUUAAUGAUAAACUUGGAAAAAAAAGAAAGCAUUCUGCGUACUAUACUUCAUAUGAUUCUGGAAAGUCGACUGCAAAGCUGCAAUGCGUACUCUCACCUAACGGUUCAACCGGAAAACUUGAUAAAAGUAGAAACGAAGUUAAUGUUUCUGAUAAUCACUCUGGGAAGUCUCUGGUCAGAUACUACUCUUACUUCAAGAAGACAGGAGUGCCAAAGCGUGUAAUGCUCUAUGAGAACGGCGAAUGGACUGAUUUGCCUGAGAAUGUUAUUUGCUCCGUCAGGAACGAUCUUGAAGCAAAGAGAGCUGCUAUUGAGGUGAACUGUUCCGGUCAACAUUUCGUUCUUGAUUUCUUACACAUGCAUCGGCUGGACUUGGAAACUGGUGUGAAAACACACCUCGCGUGGAUUGACAUUGCUGGAAAAUGCUUUUUUCCUGACAGUGUGGGAGGAGAAGAUCUUGAACAACAUGGUCAAUGUGAGAUCAAGCUGCACCUUGAGAUUGAUAUCAACGGUGGGAAAUCACCGAAGCUGAAGUUGAACAGUACGGAUAGCUGCAGCCUUGAGCUUGAUGAUGAUGAUGUCCAGAGGUGGGACGACGAGACAGAAGCUAGUAUGUUCUCUGGUGUCAAGCCUGCUGAGGAGGAAGACCUCGAUGUAGACGCUGUCAGAGAAAAGUUUGUUUUGGGUAUGGCCGCUCUAGGACAAGUAGAGCUUCUUGAUGCGUAUAGGUUUUCAGGUGGCGUCGCCAAAGAUCGUCAAUCUCUUUUCAAGAAACAAGCUGACAUCACUAAGCUAAGCCGAGGAGAUGCAAACAUUAGAUACGCUUGGCUUCCUGCGAAGAAGGAACUGUUAUCUGCAGUGAUGAUGCAUGGACUUGGAGUCUGUGGAGAUCUAAUCAAGAAGUCAAAGUAUGGUGUUGGUGUUCACUUAGCUGCUGCAAACUGCCCUUACUUCAGUGCUACACAUUGUGAUGUUGAUGAAAAUGGUGUGCGUCACAUGGUUUUGUGCCGUGUGAUAAUGGGGAACAUGGAGCCUCUUGGUGGCGAUAGAGGGCAGUUCGUUACUGGUGGAGAAGGGUAUGAUAAUGGAGUUGAUAAUAUCUCGAGUCCGAAGCAUUAUGUUGUCUGGAACAUGAAUAUGAACACUCAUGUUUAUCCAGAAUUUGUAGUUAGCUUCAAGCUGUUGUCUAUCCCCAAUGCUGAAGGGAAUUUACUUUCUGCUGGUCAGAGUAAGCAUGAGAGUUCAGGGCUCACCUUGGAAGGAGCCAAAGGUUCUCUCUCCAACAGUGCCGGUUCCAGAACUAGGAGGCCCAGCUCGAAUUUGAUGCCUUACCCUCUGCUCUUCAAGGCAAUCUCAAGCAAAAUUGCUCAGAAAGACAUGGACUUGAUCACUGCUUAUUACCAACAACUUAGGGAGAAGAAGAUAUCUCGAGAGGGAUUCUCGAGGAAGCUGCGGAUGAUUGUUGGAGAUGAUCAUCUUCUGAAAACCACCAUUACAGCUCUACAACGCUUGCCACACACUGCUGUGAAAAUGGAACCGAUCACAGGUGGCUGUUAAAGAUUGGGAUAGAAAAAAUGUGUCGACUUCUUUGUGCUUGUCUGACUUUAUAAUAAGAUUUUAAGACAAAAGGAACUUGUUUCCGUUUAGUUUUCUCUGUCAAAAGAAUCUCCAUUGUUCUGAUAUUUCCUCAAUUUGACAUUUUUCUUUAUUGAUCAACAGCUUAUGUUCUUUGUUGUU